AGAGAGAGAGAGAGAGAGAGAGAGAGAGAGAGAGAGAGGUGGUUUACUGAAUAGGGGUGAACAGCAGCAGGUCGAGAGAGAGAGAGAGAAUAUUUUGUUGUUCUUCGGCCGGUGACGACGACGGCGACGACGACGACGACGACGACGGAUGUUCUUCGUCGGGGAAGAAAUCGUGGGAAGAAGACGACGACGUCGACGACGAUGGUGAUGAUGGUGAUGAUGGAGAUCUGUUUAUAUCCUCAAUAAGAAGAAGAAACCCUCGACCUGAUUGAUGGAAGGUGGCUCCCCCGACUCUACGUCAGGUGGGUUGAGGCUGAAAAGGUCUAGUGUGUCAUCCCGAGGCCGGCAGCACGGUUCGUCGUCCUCCAACUACAAGGACUUCCUCCGCAAAUUUGUCGACUGUGAGAUUCUGACCUCAAAUCUUGUAGAGUGGUUCUCCACAAUCCCCUCAGAUCCGGGCUUCACAAGGGCCACCUUUGACGUGCCAUUCGAACUCACCGAACUUCAAAAUUUCGAUUAUGCCCUCGAAGGCAUAUCUUUUCAACAACUGGUUCGGAUGCCAAACACUCUUUACGCGUCAACAUCCAAUCCCGUCGAAGCUACUGCCCAUAUAGCAAUUGAAGAUUUUCUACACGCAAGUGUUAAGGGCCUAUGGGAGACAUUUUGGGGUCAUGAAGUGCCUAUGCCCUUUUCAGUUGCAUGUAUACACAGCACGAGCUCCAAAUUCUAUCCUGCCGAGAAAGCUAUUGCCAGCGGAAAGCUCGAAGGGCUUUGUGCAACAGCCAUCUUGCUGAAAAACAGCCGGCAUUCGCAUGGGAAAUGGGACCAGAUUCUCGAAUUAGCUUUGUUGAGGCCUGAUAUAGGUAGUCUUUCCAAUGAUCAGCAACCUUCUAACUCUGUUUUAGGAGAAGCACUUUUCUUUGCUCUUCGUGUUCUUCUCUCCCGAAGGCUUAGCAGAUCUUCUACUGUUCUUCGCAACUCUAACUGUAUUUAUGUACUUCUUUUCGAUUCACAAUAUGGAGGGGUAGUAAAAGUUGAAGGCGAUGUGACAAAGUUGGACUUUGAUCUUAACAAUGUAUACGAAUGUGCAGCCCAAUGGUUCAAAGAACAUGCUAAAAUAUCUGUUUCACCCAUCGACCGGAUCUGGAACAAACUAGGGAAUGCCAAUUGGGGAGACGUUGGGACUCUCCAGGUUCUGCUCGCGACUUUCCACUCUAUUGUUACGUUUUGUGGAAUGCCGAAGUAUUCUCUUGAAGAUUUAGCUACAGAACACAGUUCACGGCUGCAGAGCAGGAGAUCAGAAAGACAGCUAUUAGAUACGCAUGUUAAUGGAAAUGGCUUGUUUCGUUUCCAGCAACGGAGCCAUUCUCCUGAAAUUGUUGAAGUCCAGGAGGAGACAGUUAGGCUUGAACCUGAAGAAACUUUGGAGAUUGAAUUAGGAUCAGUUUUAUGGAUGGAGGACUCAAAUUGGCAAAAGGGUUUCCAGAUAAAUCAAGUUUUAAUUAAUAGCGAAUUUCCUAUAUAUAGUGCCAGUCCAGUAGAAGAGCCCACAAAAGAAUAUUUAUUAUAUGUCGGAUCGAGUCCUUUGCAUUUGGAACCGGCAUGGGAGGAUAUGAAUCUGUGGUACCAAGUUCAAAGACAAACAAAAGUGUUAACUCUUAUGAAGCAAAGAGGUGUAUCGAGCAAAUACCUACCACGGGUUGUUGCAUCCGGGCGUAUAAUUCACCCUGGCCAGUGUAACAAGCCUACCUCUAAUGGGACUUGUGGUCAUCCAUGGUGUGGUACUCCGAUUCUUGUCACCUCUCCAGUUGGUGAAACCGUAUCUAAUCUAAUAAGAAACGGCUUAUUUGGCACGGAAGAAGCACUUAGGUGCUGCCACGAUUGUUUGUCUGCUCUUGCUGCCGCAUCGUCAGUCGGAAUUAGACAUGGUGACAUUCGCCCGGAAAAUGUAAUUUAUGUAACCAAUGGUGCAAAGCAUCCCCAUUUUGUACUUAUUGGGUGGGGCCACGCUAUUCUUGAAGAACGGGACCGACCGUCGAUGAAUCUGUUCUUCUCAUCUACGUAUGUUCUUCACGAAGGGAAACUAUGUGCGGCGUCUGAUGCAGAAAGUUUAAUAUAUCUGUUGUAUUUUUCUUGUGGUGGGACUUCGCCGGAAUUAGAUUCCGUCGAAGGGGCGCUUCAGUGGAGGGAAAUGUCCUGGUCGAGAAGAAUUAUUCAGCAGAAGCUCGGCGACGUUUCUGCAGUGCUUAAAGCCUUUGCUGAUUAUGUUGAUAGCAUUUGUGGGACGCCGUAUGCGAUGGACUAUGAUAUAUGGUUGAGAAGGUUAAGAAGAACACUUAAUGAAGAUCACGGCAAGGCAAUUGAUCCGUCAAGUUAGAAUCUUACUUGUGAGCAUUAAUUUGGUGGAGUUUGUGUUUUUGGUAAUAUAUGGAAGAACCACUCCAGUCGAUUUGGAUAAUCAUUUGUAGAUAUUUUAUCACAUCUCAGAGUUUUUGAAGUUCUGACUGGCAUUGGAAUGUUGUUACUGGUUCCAAAUACAUCGUAAUGCAACUUGUGGAGUGUUGAUUUUUGAGCUUUCAAGUUUUCAAUAUUGGAGUCUGUUCGUGGGGAAGGUUUCGUAACAAGAUUCUUCUAGGCAGAUGAGGAUUGUAUGACCUCUUUGAUGAAGCUCCCUAAUCACUUGCAUUUCGAGAAUCUGGGCAAUUCAUGGCUUUUCACAAAUAGUUGUGUUUCACUUGGUGAAUGUUCUGAACUGCGUUAAUCAGCACUAAAAUGAAGCCAAGUACUUCCUUUGGUAGAUCGUUUGCCCUAGCUUGGGCUCCUUGUUUAGAUACUGUAACCUUAUGGGGUAUCUUUUGGGAUAUUCACAUCAGUUCUUGUGAUUAAUUUUAUUUAAUCAUUUGUUUCGUCUCGGGAGGAAACUUUCAUGAUUUUGUGGAUAGAUUUGUCAUUUGUGGCGUAAUUAAUUUGUCUCAAACGUGAUCACUGAUUACUCAAAUUGGAUGUUGGCAUCAAGCA